AUGGCAUCAAGUGGCAAGGGCAGCGAGGUAGCAGGCGGUGCUGUCAAUCACGCAUCAGGUGGGAAGGGUAGCGAGGCAGCAUGCGGUGCUGUCAACGAGGCAUCAUGCGGCAAGGGCGGCGAGGCAGUAGGCGGUGCUGUCAACGAGGCAUCAAGCGGAAAGGGCACCGAGGCAGUAGGCAAUGCUGUCAAUGAGGCAUCGGGCGGCAAGGGCAGCGAGGCAGUAGGAGGUGCUGUCGAUGAGGCAUCAGGCGGCAAGGGCAGCGAGGCAGUAGGCGGUGGUGUCAACAAGGCAUCAGGCGGCAAGGGCAGUGAGGCAGUAGGCGGUGCUGUCAACGAGGCAUCAGGCGGCAAAGGUAGUGAGGCACUAGGCGAUGCUGUCAACGAGGCAUCAAGCGGCAAGGGUACUGAGGCAGUAGGCGGUGCUGCCAACGAGGCAUCAGGCGGCAAGGGCAGCAAAGUUGGUGGUGCUAUCAACGAGGCAUCAUGCGGCAAGGGCAGCAAGGAAGUAGGCAGUGCUGUCAACGAGGCAUCAGGCGGCAAGGGCAGCGAGGCAGUAGGCGGUGCUGUCAACGAGGCAUCAAGCGGCAAGGGCAGCGAGGCAGUAGGCAGUGCUAUCAAGGAGGCAUCAGGCGGCAAGGGCAGCGAGGCAGUAGGCGGUGCUGUCAACGAGGCAUCAGGCGGCAAGGGCAGCGAGGCAGUAGGCGAUGCUGUCAACGAGGCAUCAGGCGGCUGCGGAGAUAACUGCAGCAACGGGAGCUAG